AUGAGUCAUGAUGAGCACCAAGGGUCAAACAUCAAACGCGGCCCAGGUGAUGAGGAGUCGAGGAUUGAACCUUGGGAGGCUGUCACGGGUGCCUACGACAGCCUGUGGCGUUCCCUGCUCCGAAGCUUGCAGCUCAGGGCAUUCAGCUCGACAAGGAACAUCAGCCUCCACGCCCAGACGAACGCUGAUGUUAUCGAUGUAUUCAAUGCCUUAGCCGAUACGAAGGGCGAGGUUGAAUGGGAUGAUCUUUUGAUGAACGGCCCGGGUGUCACAUACUUGGGGGACUUCCCGAACGAGUUCGCCCGAGCAGCUGCUGUUAGUUUUGUGGCGCGCCCAUUCCCUGACAGACAGGUUUUUCAGUGGAUGGUUUACAACUCCACGAAGAACUAUGAUGACAUGACGGUGGUGUACUCGACUCGAAGAAAUGCGGUACUGCACCAGCGCGGUGUAGAAGAUGAAGGCUGGCCAGCGGUGCAGGCACAGAAUUGCCUAGGGGCCUACCAUGUGGUGGCAUUGCCACAAGGCGGCUGCCAUGUAGUCUUCACGACCAUGGUGAACUCUCACCCGCCAUGGCCGAUUACGGCGCAGUUCGUUUUCAACAUCGCAUGGACGAAAACAGCUGAGUACAUCGAGAAGCUCCGAGCACGAGCCCAACUACUGAAGCGGAGGCGUCUUUCUGCGAAUGCCCCUGCUGAGCCGGUGGUUCCCAGGUGGCUCUUGUUUGAUGGCAUGGUUCCCAACAAGACCGAAUCCGGAGAUAUGUUCGUCGAGGGUGUGCCAAAGGUCGUACCUCCUUUCCAAGGACCAGAUUAUGUCGCUGAUGUGAUUCAGAUCGACUUGUUGAAGGACUUGGAGAACGUAAUCAGAUCUGGAAAGAUGUCUUCGAUGUGGAUAUGUGCAGCUUUGCUUAGUGAAUUGGGAUGUGCUGAUGGCUCAAAUGGGGCGCCAGUCCCACGUAAAACCUUUGCCCCCGGCUUAGCCCUCGGCUGCUGCGAUGCGACAGGCGGAUGCCAGGACCUAGUCAGCAACCAGAUGCCCCUACCUACCUUUGCAACUCUUGCAGCUCUUGCAUUUGAGGCGCUUCUUGUGGUUGCCCUGAUGGUCUCAGCCGUUGCCGUUUGGCGUCGGCAAAGGAGGGAGGACAUGACCAAUGUUUUUUUUUGUGGUCCGCGGUCCCGUGGUCUGCUGGUCCUCCGGCCUGCUGGUCCCGUGGUCUAUGGCGUUGCAGAUGCGUUGCAGCGUACCGCAGGGCAUCGCGGCGGCGCGCUGGUGAUUGGCGUGGCCGCUUGCGGAACGUUGCGGAACAUUUUGUGGAACCAUGUUCAGAGGAACGGAAUUCUCAGGGUAUGUGCGAGGGCGGCCUUGGCUCACAGGGAUAUUAUCGAGGCCGGCAACGCUCACGUGGAGACAACGAAGUCGCCCUGCUCACCCAUACCGGAGUUCUACCUCGAAGUUGUUGACAGUCCCAAUGGCCGGCACAAAAGGGAGAUGUCUGAUGCUGUUGCUGAGAUGCACGCGAGCUUCUGUGCUUUUCAAGAGCAGAAUCAGAUCUUUGCUCCAGCAGCACCUAUGCCACUGCCGGUAUUGAUUGUAACAGGUUCUUUGGGGAGCGGAAAAACCACUUUGAUGAAGCGGCUUAUGAAUCGACGGGCAAACCUGCGGAUUGCGGCCUUGGCACAUGACCUGGCUUCCAAGCUCAAUAUCGAUGCAUCUUUCCUGGCUGCCGAGAUACAGCCAGGCUUGGGCAAGGGUGAGUACCUGUUCCAAUCGGCAUGGCGAGAUGGCGAGGUGGCUGGCCUGUCUGGUUGCGCAUGCUGUCCUGGCUUCGAUGAAGCCCUGAGCAUGGCUGUGAAGACUGCUUUGAACGAAGGAGCAGACCGCGGACUUCUCGACUAUCUUCUUCUGGAGACAAGUGGAGCGGCUGACCCUCGCCAGAUUGUGUCAUCCUUGGAGGUGCGCUUCGGACCUCUGGCACGAGUAAGGUUGGACCGGGUAGUUACUGUCGUAGAUGCAGAGCGGGUUCUUGCUGAAGGACAGGCUUGGCUGGACCACAAGACUCAGGCAGCCUGCAAUUCACGCCAUCGGGACGAACAUCAGCUGCAAUUGGCUCAGCUCUUGGUGGCCGAUGUCGUGCUCUUGAACAAGGUGGAUCUCUGCAGUGAGGAGCCUAAAGCUCUGGAGCUGUUGCGCCAGCUCUGCCCACAUGCGAAGGUCUUGAGCUGCUCCUUCGGCGAUGUGCCAGUGCCAGAGCUUCUGGAUGUGGUGCCCGUCCCCGUGUCAGCCAGCGCGACUGUUUCACACGAGGACAUUCCGGCUUGCUGGCAGGUCUCUACCAGCCUGGAAUCUUCCAGACAGAGUCGACUCCUCGAAGAGCUGCCCGCAGACUUGUCCACAAAGUUUCAUCACCGAGUGGUGGAAUGGUCAACCCGUGGCAAGGAAGCCAAGCCAGUGCAGCUUGCCAGGCUCCAAAGCCUGCUUUGCGUGCACCUCCACCGCAUCAGGAGAUGGCUUCGGCGAGCAAAGGGCAUGUUGUGGGUAGCGGAAGAUGCGCAAGCACAGUGGGAGUGGGAGCUAUCUGGACAACUCCGCUUCAGUUGUCGACGUACUCCGGGUGGUUUCGGCGGCGCUGAGGCUUUUAGCAGCCUUGUGCUCAUCUUUGCAGACGGUGUUCCCGAAGCUGAGCUUCUCAACACGCAGCGCGUGCUGGCCGAACUUACCUUGCCUGCAGAAGAGAUGGUGCCGCCAAAGGACAUUUUGCAGCAACUGGCGGAAGGGAGUGUAGGCUUUGAGAUCCUGGGGUGCUCCACCGAUCGGGACAGCUGCGUGCGUUUCCGCCUCACAGGCCGUAGAUAUUUCAACCUCGACUCGGACUUGGAUCUUGCAGAUCCGCCUUACCGCAUCGACCUCGACGCGUUGAACCAGGAUCUUGCUCAACUGGUGAAUGCUGAGAAGGGCCCCAUCUUCUUGGCCACAGGCGCGCCCCUGAAGUUCUGGGGCGAUCGGCAUUUCAGAUUAGCAGCUUGA